GACCAAAAUAAAAGAACACACUCCUUUGCUUUUCUUCUCAUUACGUCGCCUUACCGCCGCUUAGAGUCUCCAAAACGGUGCGUUUCAGGUCAGACCCCGUCGCGCGUAGUCGGAGCUCCGAAGCCGCCUGGCGAGUGGGUCGUCCUGGGUCCGUUUCGCUUCGCUAAUUAGCGGUGAAUUGUGCCCUAAAGCUUUGAUCUUUGCAAAAAAAAUUGAUUUGUGAAUUGGGGCAGAUCAUGGAGAGAAGGAGAUGGUUGGUAUUGCUGGCAGUACUGGCCUGUUUGGUUGUUUGCUCAGCUGGGAGAGAGCUGAGAUUCAAGCACAAGUUUCAUGGACAUAGCCCCGUCUAUAAUCAUACGCUUGCUACAAUAUUGGUUCGGUAUGCUUCAACGGUGUAUGUGUCAGAUUUGACAGAGCUGUUUUCUUGGACAUGCAAAAAUUGUAAUGGCUUGAUCAAGGAUUUUCAAAUGAUAGAGCUGAUUGUUGACAUCCAGCAUUGCCUACAGGCAUUUGUUGGAGUGGCAACAGAUCCUAAUGCUAUUAUAAUUGCCUUUAGAGGGACUCAGGAACACAGUAUACAGAAUUGGAUUGAAGACUUAUUUUGGAAACAACUUGAUAUAGAUUACCCCGGCAUGCCUGAUUCAAGGGUGCACCAUGGGUUUUAUAGCGCUUACCACAACACAACCAUACGUCCUGGAAUUCUAAAUGCUGUUGCAAGAGCUAAAGAGUUUUAUGGAGAUAUUGGCAUCAUAGUGACAGGGCAUUCAAUGGGAGGGGCGAUGGCUUCAUUUUGUGCUCUUGAUUUAAGGGUCAAUCAAAAGGAGAAGAAUGUUCAAGUUAUGACAUUUGGACAACCUCGUAUUGGUAAUGCAGUCUUUGCUACUUUCUAUAGCAAACUUGUGCCAGACACUAUACGGAUAACAAAUGGAAAUGAUGUUGUCCCUCAUUUGCCUCCAUACUAUACUUACUUCCCUCAGAAGACAUACCACCACUUCCCAAGAGAGGUAUGGCUUUAUAACAUUGGAAUGGGAAGUCUUGUUUAUAAGGUUGAGAAAAUCUGUGAUUCAUCUGGUGAGGACCCAACUUGCAGCAGGUCAGUGAAAGGGAAUAGUAUUUCAGACCAUUUAGUUUAUUUUGGUGUGGAUUUAAUGGCCAAGACAUGGAGGCCGUGCAAAAUUGUGAUGGGUCCUGGUUUACUGGAGCAUGGCAGAACAGAUCUGGAAGGAAAUUUUGUACUGUCCAGAGAUCUUUCAACUCCUGGUCUCAAAUUGAAAACACGGCCAGAUGCCAGAGGAAAGCCUCUAUAGGAUGUCAGCUGUGACAGAUUUGUCUUGAAAAGAAGCUGUCAUAUUUAUGCUUAGAGCCUUUUCGUUUUUAGAAAAGCCGUAGCAAUGAAGAUGGCCGGGGUUGCAAUGAUGUUGGUGUAUAUAUUAGUGUACGUGUCAGUCGUGUUUAUCUUCAUUCUUUGGAAUACGAAUGCCGCCUCUGAGGCUGUGUUUACUUGUGUAAAUAAUGAAUAAUCAGAUGCGUGUGAAUACCUUAAU